CCGUCAACAUUUUAGAGAAACAUUUAAAUUUUUUAUUGUAAAUAAAUAUUUUUAAACGUGUUUGCGAAUAAAUAUAUACUAGUGAAAUAAAUACCGUUGUUAACUAUAAUAUCUUGCUAGCAAAAUUAUAUCAGUCAGCUUUUUUUUUAACGUUAAACCUUUUUUUUUCUAUUUUAACUCCAUAUUUAUCCAAUCCGAAUGAAAUAAUAAUAAAAAGAUUUAAAGUAAUUUACAAAUACUAAUCAUUAAUACUUUGUAAUAAAUGUCGGCUCUAACUACUGUACGAUGUGAAAUUAAAUAAGGCGGAACAAAGCUACAAAAAAACAAAAAAACCCGGGGUCCUUACAGGGGAUGCAUGUUGAAGCGAUGUACUGGAUUUUAUAGUGCUUUAUUUACAACGCGCACGAGCACGGCCGUGACAGAAGUCAUUUCCGUGUUUGUGUUUUUGUUUUCGUGUUUAUGAGGAUUUUAGAGAUGUAAAUAAUUCACAUACGAGUUACAGCAAGCGAGACUGAAACUGUCCCGUUUCAUCCACAACUGGUUCUUCUUAAAAUCUCUGCGAUUCCCUGGAGGAACAAGCCCAAGAACUAUUCCUGCUCCGGAGUGUUCCUGUUGAUCCUGAUAUUCCGGAGUGUUCCAGAGUGUUCCGGUGUUUUCCUGCGUGAUGGAUGGCGAGGCUCUGGUUCACAGCUGGCCGUGUUCCUACUACGUUAACGGCGAUAAGCGCUGGGUGAGCGGUCGUCUCACUCUGACCCCGAGCGCCGUCCGCUUCAGCUCAUCGUCAGGCGUAACCGGAGGUCUCCUGCUCCCGCUGUCCCGCGUCACACACAUCAACACCGAGUCGUCCUGCUUCAUCUUCAGCGCCGUGACGCUGCAGGAGCGCGACUCCCACAAGCACUGGUUCUCAUCUCUGAAACCGAGCGCCAGUGCCGUGUUCCACGUCCUACAGCACUUCUGGAGAGAGUCGCUCGCCGUGCGCACAAACUCCACACACACUCCGCUCAGCCGCGGUCAGAGACUCAUCAGCAUGGUGAGCGACGCCCAACACACACUCACACACACCGGCAGGGCACUGAGUCAGCAGGGAGAACAGUUCCACCACAUGAUCCACCAGAUCGACAAGAUGGAGUCCGACCUGGGCGUGGCCGAUAAGUUGCUGUCGGAGCUGGAGUCUCCUGCGUGGUGGCCGUUUGGUAAGUUGCCCUGGAACAGGAAGUGUCAACUGGAACUGGGUAAAGCUGAAGCUACAGCUCCACCCCCUGAAGGUGCCGCGAGAUCGUCUAAAGAGAUCCUGAGUGUGCCGGUUGUGUUUUACCGCGGCGGUGACAUAAACGCCGCAGAUGUGAAUUCCGGCGCUCUGGUGUUGCUAGUCUCCGCCCUGGAGGUGUUUGAUGCUAAUGGCCGACUCGUUCACCGCUUCCACAAACAGGAAGUGGACGAGAUCCGUGUGCACGGCGUUUGUGACAUCAGCGUGCGACAACGCCACAUCGGAAAGCCAGACGUGUGUUUCAGGUUGUUGUCGGCCAAGAUGGCGGAGGCACUGUGCGUCCUUGAGAUGCAGUACAAGAAGAAAGUGGAGUUUGCCAGGGAUUACACAGGGUUCCAGGCCACACCCAGUGAUGACAUCACACCAGGGAGCGCGGCCUUCUGGGGCGCCGGAGCGAUUUCAGACUCAGAUGUUCCUGUACAGGUUCCUGCAGGAGAUCUGACUCCAGUUCAGCUCCAUGUUCAGCAGAAGACAGUGACUCAGGAGGAGGCACAGGAGCUCAAACAGAUGCUGCUGCAGUUGAAGUCUCUGGCUCUGGAGGCGGACAGUGAGCUGCAGCGUCAGGAUGAAGAUCUGGACGUGUUGAUGUCCUCCAGUGACCGCAGCACCGCCACCAUCAACACACACACACGCAGGAUGAGGAAACUGCUCUGACCUUCAUCAUCAUCAUCACCUUCAUCAUCAUCAGUAACCAACACGAGCACGGACUUCCUCCUGCAUGACUCUGUGUCUCCCCCUGCAGGCAGUGAGAUGGACAGGUGAACUUCUCAGACUGACCUCUAUAUAAAGAGAUUUCCUGCACGUCUGCUAUGAAACACACACACACACACACACACACACACACACACAGACACACAGCUGAUUCAUUUACAUAAUUAUGUGCAAUCUGUAAAUGCUGUACAUAUACUGUGUGAUGUUUUAGUCAUGUUCCUUAUUUUUAUUUAUUUAUUGUCCUGAUGGAGUUUGUGAGUUAAACCUGACUGAAAUAAACACACAACGACCAGUAAAGUAGCACAGCAACACAUCUCCAUCAUCCGCCAUCACACAUAACGUGUAGGUCCUUAUCUAUAACCUCUUCACCGUGUGUGUGUGUGUGUGUGUGUGUGUGCAUGCGCACAUAAGGUAGGGAAUGAUACAGUGCCCACCGUUUAGUUACUAACUAGUUAAACAUCAUUUACAAACUGAAGUUAAGAAAAAACUACUUUAUUAACUGCAGGGGGAGCAGAACUAAAAUAUUAUUAGGGAAAUGGGGAAAAGGAAAUGGGGAAUAGUGAUUGGGGUAAAGAGGGAAGUAGAGAAUAAGGAGACCAUGUCCAUGUUCAUGUCAUAUUAAUCAUGAACGCUUCACUUUAUUCUUUAACACUCAGUAUAGAAUGUUUACUCAUGUUGUUCCACAUGAAUGAUUCUAUCAUGUCCGUUUAUCUUCUUGUUUAAAUCCCACUUUACCAUCAGCAGCCAAUCAGAACGUCUUCAUGACUCAGCACGAUUAGCACACACAUACGCUAGUCCUGCGCUAGCCACGCUGUUUCAUUCAGUUUACAGAAUCUUUCCAGAAUGUUCCAGUGAAGGAGUCUAAUGUCUUUUCUACAUCAGAAACACUAUGCUAGCUGGCGUUCCUGUUAUUAGCACGCGUUUUAUCAUAAAGGAAUGUUCUCUUUGAUUUAGUCAUGUUAUUAUUGAUACCUUUAGAUUUCCAGACCUUUACCUGUAUCAAAGAUUACCAUGGCAACAUGGUCUUGCACAAUUCUGCUCGUGUUGCAGGUCACGACGGUUAAAAGAGGCGGGAUUUACAGUUGUAUCUUUUAUUUUUGAUUACGUUUGUAUUUGUAUGAAACGAUUGAAAUCCACCCACACCCCUGCUGCUUGUUAAGAUGAAAAUGUAUGAGAUGAGAUUGCCAUGGCAACGUCCUUGAAGUAAAGCAUCUCACUGUACUGUUACACCUGUAUGUAUAACGACAAUAAAGGCCAUGUUUGUAUGUAAUUAAAUACGAACACUGUUUAUUCACCGUACGCUGUUUGUUGUGAUGUGUAACGUUUAGUUUAUUGUGAUCGUUUGUAUUAUUGCAUAUCGUCCAGAGUCCCGACUGGGUCAAGCUGUUCGCAGUCGAUGUGUAGGCUAAUAAAUACAUUAGUGCUGCUAGCUAGCUUCAGAGGUGUAGCGCUCACUCUGAUCACGCUGUUUGUUGAACGAGGUACUGUAAUGACCGCAGGCUGCAGUGCGAAAUAAACGAACGUGAACGCUCAGAUUGUUGAUCACCAUCAUUUCCUCAAAAUAAAAGUGUCAAACUUUUCAAAGCAAAAACUGAGUUUACCAAACCUCAUCAACGCUAAUUUUCAUCUUAAAGAACUUAUACAAUAAUAAUAAAUGUGAAAAUGGACAUGUGAGCCUCUCCUCAGCUGGAACUGUUGACGUCUGGAUUUGAUCUGAGGAAAGCCAUGAGAUCAGGAGGCCAGAUCCCACCCAACAACCUUCCUGACCCGUUUUUGAUGUUUUGGUACGACCCAUGUCAAAACAUUUCCCCGUGGCAGAGCGGGAAACAGCGGAGUGAAGCCUCUGUAAACAACACGGAGAACGUGCGGAGGAAACCUGUCAUUACAACAUCCUGCUGGCACUGAGAGAGAAAACAUCUGCUCACCAUACUGAGAGAGAGAGAGACUGAGAGAGAGACUGAGAGAGAGACAGGGAGAGAGGGAGAGAGAGACUUAGAGGCAGACAAGGAGAGAGGGGGAGAGAGACGGAGAGCAGGAGGGAGAGAGAGAGAGGAAGGAAGAGGAAGAGACCAACAUGGAGAGAGAGAGAGAGACGGAGAGAGAAACCGAGAGGCAGACAGACAGGGAG